CGUGAUUUACAUGUAGUAUUAUGGAGGGUGGCCAACAAAUCAAGUCUCUCAGCACUUUAGAAAUUGGCCAUUCAUGAGAGGACAGCAAGGAGACCUUUAACGAAGUUCAAUGAACUCUCUCCCAUGUUCCAUUUUAUAAGGAAAAGUGAUUGGAAUCUUAGAGCUUUAUGUGAUGGAUAAAAGCAUCCAGGUGGCACACCACAAGGAGAUGUCGCCACCUCCAAGUGUGCCAUGUGGCAUCCUCCAAACCCUAACAAUGCAAUAUUAGAUUUGAAGAUCUGCCAUAAGAGAGAGGGAGGGAGGGAGAGGAUUCCACCCAUGAAUUAUUGAUUGGAAUGGAUUCUUGGCCUCUAAGCAAAUAAGGAAGAGAGGAUAUUUGGACUCCCCAAAUAAAUUUGUUUAUUUGCUCAAGAGGCUUGCAAACUCUUAAAGCAAACUACCCAAGAGCUGGUGGCUUUCUCAUUUAAAAUCAAUACAAAGCAAAAGCAUGAGAGCCAUUGUAGUGAUGCCUUUUGAGCUGCACUAGAUAUAUGAUGAUGUCCUAAUUUUAUGCAUGCAUAAAGAAAAUAUUGGAUCACUAAGCCUGAAAAAUAACCCAGGACGACACUCCCCCUAAAUUCAAAUUACCGAUCGAUUGUCAACAAUUUAAUAAUGACAAAACUCUUAAGAUAUUAAAGAGCAUAAAUAUGCUCCACAACAUGCAGGAAAAAAAAACUACCUUCAGAGGUUAACAAGACGCAAGUUGACUUUACAACUUCGACCAAAUAUCAAUGCUGACGGAUCUUUUGCCAUGUUCCAAGUACACAUCUUAAAGUCUAGUUAUGCAUAUAUAGCUAAAUGUAGACUUUGCUUUUUCCUCUAAGUGGGAAUAAACUAACAUCUCCAUUGUAUGACCUUUUAACAAGUUAGCAUAAAGUAAAAUAACAGCAGUCUCAUAUGCAAAAAUGAUUUGCCAACAAGAACUCCAAAAAGGAAGGAAACAGCUGAUGUACUUAAGUGGUCCUGCUGAAGCUCCAUGACGUUAAUGAGACACAGCAAGUAGUUGGCUUUGACAGUCAAGCAUGAAUAGUCUUAUGCAAAAUUCAAGAUCCCUUCCUACAGGAAGGAAUUAGUUUGAAAGAGACACAUGGGACUGACACUCUCAAUUCAACAGUCAAAGCCAGUUCUAAAAAUCUGGCAAAAAAUCAACGGUUGCCCCUUAGUCAAGUUAAAAACUAGACAGCCUUGCUCUACGAGGCUCCACUAACUAUAGAAGUGCAUAAAAGUUACAUAUAAAAAAUUCAAAUAUUUAAAAAGGGAGGGGGGAGGGGGGGAAGCAAGAAUGAUUGCUUCUCUUUCUCUAGUAGCGGCACCAUGAAUUUCUUUUGAGAGGCCAAAGCAACAGAUGAACAUAAGUAAUUUAAAAAUUGAUCUUAGAGACCAAGUAUUUGAUUUGACAUGUUGGAUCACAACAGUCAAAGCACCAAUCGUGAAUGCACUUAAAGCAUAGUCUCUUGAGAGUAUAAACCAGACACAGCAGAGGGCGGCUAUAAAUUGCCUUGUUCCUGGAGAAAGGGAUAAGCAUGGCCACUGCGGCCCCCAGCCUAUGGGAAGGGCCCCGGAGGGUGCUUGCAUGGUAGAGAUGACAACCUUACUGAUGUGUAAAGACUGGCCAACAAGUUAUUCCUUCUCCAAUGAACUACUAUAUGAAGGUCACCCCCAACCUCAAGGUGAUCAAUUUUGUUGCCUCAUGAGAGAGGGAGCAAAGAACUUGAAGUAGUGCAACAACCACAAAGCUAGUCUAAACUAGUAGAAGGUUGUCUGCAAUAGAGGACAAAAGAUGCCACGCGGAAAGGUGCAGAUGAGACGGAUCGAGAACCCUGUCCAGCGGCAGGUCACCUUCUGCAAGCGCCGAGCUGGACUGCUCAAGAAGGCUAGGGAGUUGUCAGUGUUGUGUGACGCCGAUAUUGGCAUCAUCAUAUUCUCCAACCAUGGCAAGCUUUAUGAGCUAGCCACUAACGGGGACAUGCAAAGUUUGAUUGAGAGAUACAAGAGCAUUGGUGCAGAAGCUCAACUUGAAGGUGGUGAAGUGAAUCAACCCCAGCUGGAGAUAUCCAUGUUGAAGCAAGAGAUCGAUCUGCUGCAGAAGGGCAUAAGGUAUAUGCACGGAGAGGGAGCGGGACAUAUGACACUUGGUGAAUUGCAAGCCUUGGAGAGGCAUCUUGAAAUAUGGAUGUGUCACAUUCGUUCUACUAAGAUGCAGAUCAUGUUCCAAGAGAUCCAAUUGCUGAAAAACAAGGAGGGCAUACUGAAGGCUGCUAAUAAAAUCCUUCAGGAAAAGAUAACAGAGAAAAAUGGGCUUUUUGAUAUAGGUACAGUGACAGAAGGCAUUCCAUAUCCACUAACCAUACAGGAUAACAUAUUCCAAAUUUAGUAGUUCACAGUAAGCUAUUACUGCAACUGAUGACAAUAAAGCUUGUGGAGAUUUCCUGUGUGAAGUUUGUUGGUGUCUGUCCUAAGAACUGGGCCUGUGUGUGCUACCUAUAUAUUCCAACACCUUAUCUUGAACUUCGGAUGUUAUUGUAUUUAUUGAGUCCUAGAAACUAGCUAUUUACUUUCUCUCUAUGAGUGCCAAUAAUCUCAUGCGAAGAACAAAUUAUUAGUCC